CCAGAACUUUUUUCUUUCGCACACAACAGACACAACCCACUCUCUUUUUUUCUCUUUUAUACUCACAACAACAACAACAACAACACACCAUGCCUGCUACUGCUCCUCCCCCUCGUUCAGCAGCUUCACAAUCCACCCAUUUACUGCCAAAAGACCCGCCCACCUAUGACUCGCUUUACAUUGCCAUGCCACAAUCCUCUUCUUCAUCCACAUCCAGCACGUCGUCGCAGUCUGACGGAUGCUGCACCGCUGUACAACGUUUCCUGUACAGACAAGCGCCAUUCCUACAACGCCUGGCCGCUGCUACGUUUGUUGCAACCACAGUCUCUACCACCGUCAUGUUGCUACUAUGGCAAUUGCAGAAUCUGACCACUCCCGAAGACGAUCGCCCUUGGUUUGACCCAGACGAAGUUUCUGACUUUAUCAGUUCUUCUUCGUGAAAAGCAGAAAAAGCGAAAACGAGAGAUAAGAUACCCAAAUCCACCCACUACUACCCCUCGCACUCGCACUCACUCACUUAUCGAACAAUAGCCGUUAACUUAAACCCAAACCACUCUCACCCCCUUCUCUCUAUUCUGGGGUACACUCAUCCAAGAGUUACUAUUUGCCAACAACUAACCUAUCAAACGCAUCCAGCCGAAGUUUCACGACAGCAACAGUAACAACAACAACAACAACAAUAACAACGACA